AGACAGUGCCCCAAGGUCUAGCGGUGAACAAGUUACUACUACUAGGUAGGAAAGACAAGCAAUCUUGAACUUACGACAUAGGUACUAUUAGUACCUACCUACGCGAGCACUAGUGAAGAGCACAUCCUACUGCGUCAUUCUCAUAAAGAUGGACUUGGCCCUCGCAGGAGCGGCCGCGGGCAGUGCCGCCCUCGCGGUAACAUAUUAUCUCGACGCCCGAUUUCACAUCUCCAAUGAUAUGAAAUCGUUAUCAAACAAGGCAAGGGCUACACGAUAUGCAAAUCUCCUUGCCGAGCAUGUCAAGGCAGAUAAGAUGCUUGUCUACCAUGCUUUAGAGCAGCAUGCGAACAGCUCCUUGGCGAAUGCUCCAUUCCUUGUCUUCGAGGGCCGCGAGUGGACCUACAAGGAGUUCCUCGAUGCCAUUGACCCUAUCGGCAACUGGCUUAUCAAGGAGUUGGGUAUCAAGAAGGGGGAGAUGGUCGCCCUCGACGGCGGAAAUAGCCCCGAGUUUUUGCUACUUUGGCUGAGUCUCGAGGCAGUUGGCGCUUGUGUUGCGUUCAUCAACUGCAACUUGACAGCAGAGCCACUUGUUCAUUGUGUCAAGCUCUGCGGCACUCGAUAUCUACUAGCCGACUCAGAUGUCCGUCAGCUCGUUUCUCCAGUCGAAGAGGAGCUUACGUCAUCCAAUGUCAAGACAUUAUACUACGACCCCCAAUUCCUAGCCGCCUUCACAGAUAAGGCACCCUUACCCCUUGAGCGUCGCUCGGGAAUCAACCCCGCUGAUUCGUCCUGCCUAAUUUACACCUCCGGCACCACAGGACUUCCAAAGGGCACAAUCGCGAGCCGGGCAAAGAUGUUAAUGAUGCGAGAGACCAAAAACAUCUUAGGACUAGGCCCCGGUGACAGGAUGUAUACCUGUCUACCUCUCUACCACGCUUCAGCACUUGCCGUUUGCUGUCUGCCGUGUCUCUCUAGUGGCGCUACCGUGGUCCUGUCGCGCAAAUUUUCCCACAAGACCUUCUGGCCCGAAGUUCAUGCCUCCAAAGCUACCAUUAUCCAGUACGUCGGCGAGCUGUGCCGGUACCUCCUAAGCGCCCCACCCAGCCCGCUCGACCGCGGCCACUGUGUGAAGCGGGUGUGGGGCAACGGCAUGCGCCCUGACGUGUGGGAGCCGUUCCGGCAGCGCUUCGGCAUCGAGUCGAUCUACGAGUUCUAUGCCGCCACUGAUGGAAUGGGAUUACUCUACUGCCACAACCGCGGCGACUUCUCCCGCGGUGUUCUCUCGGUCCGAGGCCCAAUAUGGCACUGGCUGAACGGACGAGACGAGGCGCGCGUGCGAAUCGACCCAGACACGGGCGCGAUUCUGCGCCGGAGCAACGGCCUCGCCAUCCGCUGUAAGACAGGGGAGUCGGGCGAGAUGAUCCACCGCUUGGAUCCAUCCAACCCGGCCAUGGGAACACCGGUGUACUGGGGCAACGUGCAAGCCGCAGAAAAGAGGCAGGUGCGCGAUGUUUUCCAGAAGGGAGACCUAUGGUUCCGCUCGGGUGACUCCAUGCGCCUCGACGCUGAGGGUCGCCUACACUUCGUCGAUCGCCUCGGCGACACGUUCCGCUGGCACUCAGAGAACGUGUCAACGACGGAGGUUGGAGACGUUGUGGGAAUGUUCCCGCAGAUUAUCGAGGCGAAUGUGUACGGCGUCGCAGUGCCGCACACGGAUGGACGAGCCGGUUGUGCAGCGAUCCUUGCUGCAGAAGGCGUCUCCAUCAAGCCGGAAGACAUAGAACAAGGGCUGGGACUAGACCUGAAGGGGCUCGCCGAACACUGCAUCGCGAAGCUCCCGCGGUACGCCGUACCCAUCUUCCUACGCAUUGUGACGCAGCUCGAGCACACGGCGACUAUGAAGCUGCAGAAGGGAAAUCUGAAGGCUCAAGGAAUCGACCUGGAGGCCAUCGAGAAGGCUGCGAAGGAUAAGGGCGAGGAGCCCGAUCAGAUGUACUGGCUGCCCCCUGGCGCGAAAGCGUAUGUCCCGUUUCGAGGUAAAGACUUGCGAGAGUUGGAGGGGGGUAAGGUUCGUUUGUGAUGGAUGCGUUUUGUGGCCCAUCUAGAUGGGUAGUAGCCUGGGCUGUUUUUGACCUACCUAAGGGUAGGUGUCUAUAAUGUUCUAGUACGAUACCAUGUUGUACAUGAUUCGCUUCCUUUCGAGUCUAUACUUGCACUGUUCUAGGUAGGAACAAAAAAGGUACUACCUACAUACUAGUAAAAGAGAUCAAUAACUACAUUGAAAUUCCAACUUAAUAGUCAUGGCGGGGGCUUGUGAAAAAGUAGGUACAGGAAGUCCUGCCUAGCUAGGUACAUACCUAACAGCAUAAGUAAGCCCUUUUCUCUUUCCGGGUUAAUCUACGUGUGAGUUCGUAUGUGGCUGAC